UGGGCGGGGCUACGGGCUCUGGGACUUCCGGCGCUGCCGCGUGGAGCUCCGCGGCUCGGACGCUGUCGGCAUGGCGGUCUUCGCGGGCCCGGCGCAGCCGCUCCUGUCGCUGAACCCGCAGGAGGACGACAAGUUUCACAAGGAGGUGGCUCAGGCCCGCCGGCGCGCAACGAAGAAACAGAAGCAAGAAAAAGAAAAACUCACUCCAGGAGUCAUUUAUGUGGGCCACCUGCCUCCAGCACUGUAUGAAACCCAGAUCCGAGCGUAUUUCUCCCAGUUUGGCACUGUGACGAGAUUCAAGCUGUCCAGAAGUAAAAGGACUGGAAAUAGCAAAGGUUAUGCCUUUGUGGAAUUUGAAUCUGAAGAUGUUGCCAAGAUAGUUGCUGAAACAAUGAACAACUACCUUUUUGGUGAAAGGCUCUUGAAGUGUCAUUUUAUGCCACCUGAGAAAGUACAUGCGGAACUUUUUAGAGAGUGGCAUCUUCCGUUUAAGAACCCGUCUUUCCCAGCAGUGAAACGGUAUAAUCAGAACCGGACCCUUCUUGAAAAGCUGCGGAUGGAGGAGCGAUUUAGAAAGAAAGAAAAAUUACUCAGGAAGAGACUAGCUAAGAAGGGGAUUAAUUAUGAUUUUCCUUCAUUGGUUUUACGUAGGAAAAAGAAGAAAAGCAACGCUUCAAACACCAACCUUCAGAAAUCCACAAAUGGACAGGCUUUACCUAAGGAGGAAAAGGAGAAGGCUUCAGCCACCCCUGAAACUCCUGAGAAUACUGUGGAUAGCCAGGGCCCCACACCAGUUUGUACACCAACAUUUUUGGAUAAACGAAAAUCUGAAGUGGCUGAAAUGAAUGAUGAUGAAGAUAAUGAAAUAGUUUUCAAACAGCCCUUAUCUGGCAUAAAAGAACAAACACAAGAGACUGAAACACCUACACAGUCAAGGAAAAAAAGACGAAGAAACAGCAAUCAGUGAUUCUGAGUGUAUUAUGAAUAAUACUUCUUCUGGAAAAUGUGAUUUUAUUAUGAGGGCUGUGUAUCAGAAGAAACACUGUUGGUUCCAGUCAGUAAUAACAGGAAUAACACCACCCAGCAGGAGCCAGGCCUGCUGCCUCUGCCCCGGUCUCCCAGCUUCUUCCCAGAUUCAUAUUCAUGUCUGCAUAAAAGGGUCACCAUUAACUGCAGGUUUAAAUACUAAACUGCAGCGUUUGUUACAUAAAGAAAAUAAAACCUUG